AUGAGGUGAGGCCAAGGUGCUUUAUUCUAUGUGAACAUUACAAAUAUUGCAGCUAAAACAGCACUAGUUCAGCAGUAUUUUUCCCUACUUGUGCAUACUAAACAGACAGACGCAGCGAGCAACCGCGUGACGAUCGACGGCUGAUUCGUCUGCAACGCCAUCAUUAAGCGUAGCAGGGAAAAAAAUCAUCAAGGACAUAAAAAUAAAUCGGAGUGGAUUUUACCGAGUAUCGGCGUUGACACACCACAUGUCACGAAAGAUAAAUAUUGUUUUGUUAGUAUUUUUAAAAAGGCGUUUUCCAGUGUGUCGGCUCGGUGAAUGUGCAGACGCGGAUCGCGCGCUAGCCCCUUUGUUCGAUCUCUUCAGUUCCUGGUGUUAUUCCGUCUGUGAUGAUCAGAAGUCAUUAACGACCUCGUUUAAUGAGCUCAAAGCCUUGUGAUCUGAAUUAAACUCAUCUCGGGGUGAACUCUUAUUCUCGGAGUGAGGCUCGGAGUCUGGAGGAAUGUAGCUCUGUGUGUGUGGAUCUGUGACGAGGCUCAUAAUGGAGGGAAACUCACUCACUUCAGACACUGCACCGCUUCUGUUUGUCCUUCUCACAGUUUAAUAGCCCACUUGUGGUUAAAACCACUUUUUUUGAACUGCUGCCGUGACUUACUGGUUGAAACAUGGUGUGGUGAUUGAAAGGACAAAGAUGUAAGCUGGUCCCGUUGGUGACGCUGCCGUGAGUGUUGUCAGGAUGGGACUGGACUUUGACGUGAAGACGUUCUGCCACAACCUGCGGGCGACCAAGCCUCCCUACGAGUGUCCAGUGGAGAGCUGCCGCAAGGUGUACAAGAGCUACAGCGGCAUCGAGUACCACCUCUACCACUACGACCACGACAACCCUCCUCCGGCCCUCAGCAGCCCUCAGAAGAAGCGCAAGGGCCGACCGCCACGGGUCAGCAUGACGGGGUCCGGUGAUGGCCCCGACUCCAGCACGGGGUCAGGGGUCACACCCGGCAGCCCGGCCGAACGCUCGGAGCACUCGCACUCGCCCGUCAGAGAGAGCAUGACCUACGCCGAAGCCCAGCGCAUGGUGGAGCUGGAGAUCCGCGGCCGCGUCCACCGCAUCAGCAUCUUCGAGAACCUGGACGUGCUCUCGGAGGAGGACAGCGGCGCGGAGGACCCCCCGUCCACAGGGACCGUCCCCGCGGCGUGUAACGGUGAGGCCGCGGGAAUCGGCAAGGACCGGCUGGACACUACUGCAGCCAAUGGAGAGAAGGGGCCGCAGAAAACAGGGAAGCACAAGAGCAAAGACAGGAAGAAAGAGAGCAGCUCGCACCAUCACAUGAACCCGCUGGUCAAGCUGCCCGAGGUGGUGUUUCGAGAGCUGGACCAGGACCGACCGGACGCUCCCCCUCGACCCAUGUCUUACUACAGGUACAUCGAUAAGUCUGCGGAGGAGCUGGACGAGGAGGUGGAGUACGACAUCGACGAGGAGGACUACAUCUGGCUGGACAUCAUGAAUGACCGGCGUCGAGCUGACGGGGUGGUGCCCAUCCCUCAGGAGGUGUUCGAGUACCUGAUGGACCGCCUGGAGAAGGAGUCCUACUUCGAGAGUCACAACAAGGCUGACCCCAGCUCUCUGAUCGAUGAGGAUGCUGUGUGCUGCAUCUGUAACGACGGCGAGUGUCAGAACAGCAAUGUGAUCCUGUUCUGUGAUAUGUGUAACCUGGCGGUGCAUCAGGAGUGUUACGGCGUGCCCUACAUCCCCGAGGGCCAGUGGCUGUGCCGCCGCUGCCUGCAGUCGCCCUCCAGAGCCGUCGACUGUGCCCUGUGCCCUAACAAGGGCGGAGCGUUCAAGCAGACGGACGACGCUCGCUGGGCUCAUGUGGUGUGUGCCCUCUGGAUUCCUGAGGUGUGUUUUGCUAAUACGGUGUUCCUGGAGCCCAUCGACAGCAUCGAGCACAUCCCUCCUGCCCGCUGGAAGCUGACCUGCUACAUCUGUAAACAGCGCGGCUCCGGUGCCUGCAUCCAGUGCCACAAAGCCAACUGCUACACCGCCUUCCACGUCACCUGUGCUCAGCAGGCCGGCCUCUACAUGAAGAUGGAGCCGGUGCGCGAGACCGGCGCUAACGGGACUUCAUUUAGCGUGCGCAAAACGGCCUACUGUGACAUCCACACGCCGCCAGGCUCCGCCCUGCCCCUGGGGGGUGUGGGAGGGGCCAGCGCAGGCUCCUCCCACAGCGAGGGCGAGGUGGAGGAUGAGGAGGAUGUGGCGGGAGGUGAGGAGGAUGGGAAGGGCUGGAGCUCAGAGCGCGCCAAGAGGGCCAAAGCAAAGUCACGGCUGAAGAUGAAGAGGGCCAGAAAGAUCCUGGCCGAGAGGAGAGCGGCCGCGCCGGUGGUGUCCGUGCCAUGCAUCCCACCGCACAAGUUGAGUAAGAUCACCAGUAACCUGACGGUGCAGAGGAAGAGUCAGUUCAUGCAGAGGCUGCACAGCUACUGGACGCUGAAGAGACAGAGCCGCAACGGCGUUCCUCUCCUGCGGCGUCUCCAGACACACCUGCAGUCCCAGCGCAACGCCGAGCCGCUCCCCGCCACGAGAGACGGCCAGGAGAAGCACUCGGUGCUGAAGGAGCAGCUGAAAGCGUGGCAGAGACUCCGGCACGACCUGGAGCGAGCACGACUGCUGGUGGAGCUCAUCCGCAAGAGAGAGAAGCUCAAGAGAGAGACCAUCAAAAUGCAGGAGUUUGUGUUAGAGAUGCAGUUGACUCCAUUCCUGGUGUUGUUGCGAAGCACACUGGAACAACUGCAGGAGCGGGACAUCAAUAACUUCUUCACUGAGCCUGUACCUUUAAGUGAGGUCCCAGAUUACCUGGACCACAUCGAGCGCCCGAUGGAUUUCCAGACCAUGUGGAAGUGUUUAGAGUCGCAUCGCUAUCUCAGCUUCGACGCUUUCGAGGGAGACUUUCUGUUGAUCGUCAACAACUGUUUGAAGUACAACGCUAAAGACACUGUUUUUUACCGUGCUGCGCUACGAUUGCGGGAAGCAGGUGGCGCUGUUUUACGGCAAGCUCGCAGACAGGCAGAGAGAAUCGGGUUUGAUUACGAGACGGGCAUGCAUCUUCCUCGAGAGCCAAGCCCGGAUUCACCGCAUGAACGAGAGCGAGAGAGAGAACGAGACCGAGGCAGAGACCGAGAGAGAUCAGUAUCACUCAUUGAUGACGAGGAGCAGCUGCAGAUCCUGGAGACGCGGUACAUUGAGGUCAUGUCAGGGAAGCACAGCAUCGGUCAGUCGCGGCGAGCUAAAGCCCUGAAGAAAGAGAUGACCGUACUGAAGCGGAAGCUGGCGCACCAGCGCGAGGGCAUCUGUGGCAUGGGCAUCCUCGAGUCAGGCCUGUCGCUGGAGCGCGGCUUGGGGGGAAACCGGCACGAUGAAGGAGAGAGCAGCAGCCACGAGAUCGGUGGGAAAGAUCUGAGCGCAUCCUCUUCUGCACUGGCCCCUGAGGUCGGCCGGCGGACCUCUGUCCUCUUCUCCAAGAAGAACCCUAAAGCUGCCGGGCCUCCCAAACGCCCGGGGCGACCCCCGAAGAACCGAGAGGUGCUGCAUGGGCCCGGGGUGCUGGGCUCCAGUCCAAUAGGCCCUCCGCAGCUCCCCUCGCUCACAUCGUCCCGCAAGAGAGCCCACAGUCCCCAGUCCAGCUCCAGCUCCGAGUCCGACAGCGAGCAUGAUCACCUCAUCCUGGAUCUUCACAGUAAUGGUUUUGGUGGAAGCAGUCAGCCAAAAACUGAGAGUUUCCUGGUGUACAGGAACGAGCGUAGUCUGCCACGCUCCAGCUCCGACUCAGAGUCCACCAGCAGCAGCAGCAGCAGCGCCGCGUCCGACAGGACCAGCACCACUCCUUCUAAACAAGGCCGUGGAAAAGCCUCUUUCUCCCGCUCGGCCUUUCAGGAGGACAGCAGCGAGGAAACGUCUGGCACGGAGAACGACUCCUACUCCAUGGGAGGAUCCCGAGGAGUGUCUCACAUGGUGCGGGGACGGGGCCGCUCUGGAUGCUGGAUGAGUUCAGAUGACUACAGCUCUCUAGACGCUCUGGAUCUGGUGUGGGCCAAGUGCAGAGGAUACCCAUCAUACCCCGCUUUGAUCAUUGAUCCCAAGAUGCCACGGGAGGGUGUGUUCCACCGGGGCGUCCCGAUUCCUGUCCCGCCGGUAGAGGUGCUGAAGCUGGGAGAGCAGAUGACACAGGAGGCCAGGGAACAUCUCUUCCUAGUGCUCUUCUUCGACAACAAGAGGACCUGGCAAUGGCUGCCGCGCUCCAAACUGGUUCCUCUGGGCGUCAAUCCGGAUCUGGACAAGGAUAAGAUGCUGGAAGGCCGGAAGUCGAACAUCAGGAAGUCUGUUCAGGUGGCGUAUCACCGUGCCAUGCAGCACCGUAACAAGGUCCAGGGCGAGCCCAGCAGCGACACGAGCGACAGCGACUGAUGGAGACGCCACAGACAGGAUGUGUGUUUACUGUUCGAGUCAGUCCUUUACCUCACACUACAGCCAGUAUUCAAGAUCUGAUCAAACACAGUGUGUGAUGUGUGUGAGGCUGACGUCAAGCUCAAGUGAAGUGUGAUCAUGUAUUUAUUUGUUCUUCCAGACGAUCCUCCUCUCCCCGUGAAGCCUCCUCUGGGCAAGCGGUGCAUCUGUCGUGUUUGUGUAUAUUUCUCUCCUGUUCUCUGUUGUUCUUUGAGAACCAAUCAUGACUAACCGUUGUCUGUCACUGUAGAACUUUUAUACAGUAUAUAUAUAUGAAUAAUACAAGCGAUAGACUUUAAUAAAAAGGGUUGAGUUUUGUA